AACAUCGGCGCCACGAUUCUCCUCACCAAAGUCGUACGGGCCGCCGCACCGAUGUUAUCCGAUCAGACUAUCCGCGCAGCAGCCAUCGCGCUCGCUGUAGCGAGUAAUAUCGGCGCUGUGUCGUUUACGUUCAGCGCGAGCCUUGCGGGGCUGCUGUGGAAGGGCAUUCUGAAACAGAAGGGCAUCAUCGUGACGCAGACGACGUUUGCGUAUUGGAAUGCGCUGCCGUUGGUCGUCAUGACUGCUGCUGGGCUUUCGGUGGUGUGUGCAGAGAUGGCUGUGUUGUACUAG